GGGGCUCUAUGUCGGAAGCGAGAGGCCCCUGGUUUUUUUUCCCCCGCAUGGCGCCUUACCUGCCCGGAGAGAGCCAGCCACCUGAGGCGAGGAGCCGUAACGAGGGUUAGAGACCCGAGCGCAGUUUGGAGGUGGGACUGAGCAGCUUUCCCACAGCCAGGUCAUGAGCUCCAGCAGCCACUGGGGAGCACGGUUCCCUAGCCUGCUGGUGCGCCCCGCCGGCGUAUUCGCGGUAGCCUUUCUUGCCCGGGUCGUCUUGGUGUUCUAUGGGGUCCUCCAGGAUCGGACCCUGCACGUGAGGUACACGGACAUCGAUUACCAGGUCUUCACGGACGCCGCGCGUUUUGUCACGCAGGGAUGCUCCCCUUACCUGAGGGCGACCUAUCGUUACACUCCGCUGCUGGCUUGGCUCCUCACUCCCAACGUCUGCCUCAGCGAGCUGUUCGGAAAGUUUCUGUUCGUCAGCUGCGACCUCCUCACCGCUUUCCUCUUAUACCGCCUGCUGCUUCUGAAGGGGCUGGGACAGCGCCAGGCUUGUGGCUACUGUGUCUUCUGGCUCCUCAACCCCCUGCCCAUGGCGGUGUCCAGCCGAGGCAACGCGGACUCCGUUGUUGCCUCCCUGGUGCUUAUGGCCCUGUACUUAAUAGAGAAACGACUCAUCGCGUGCGCCGCUGUAUUCUACGGUUUCGCGGUGCAUAUGAAGAUGUAUCCGGUGACCUAUGUUCUCCCCAUAGCUCUCCACCUGCUUCCAGAACGCGACGAUGACCAGCGCCGUCAGUCCCGACUUUUUCUCCAGGCUCGUUUGUACGCAUUUCUGAAGAGGCUUUGUAGUCGGGCUGUACUGAUCUUUGUAGCAGUUGCUGGAUUCACAUUUUUUGCGCUGAGCCUUGGUUUUUACGUUAAAUACGGUUGGGGAUUUGUGGAGCACACGUACCUUUAUCACCUGACUAGGCGGGAUAUCCGUCAUAACUUUUCUCCGUACUUCUAUAUGCUGUAUUUGACUGCAGAGAGCAAGUGGAGUUUUCCUCUGGGAAUUGCCGCAUUCCUGCCACAGUUUAUCUUGCUUUUAGCAGUGUCCUUCACCUAUUACAGAGACCUUGCCUUUUGCUGUUUCCUUCAUACGUCCAUUUUUGUGACUUUUAACAAAGUCUGCACCUCCCAGUAUUUUCUUUGGUACCUCUGCCUUCUGCCCCUUGUAAUGCCGCUAGUGAGAAUGUCUUGGAAAAGAGCAGUCGUCCUCCUAGUGUUAUGGUUUAUAGGGCAAGCCCUGUGGCUGGCACCUGCAUAUCUUCUUGAGUUUCAAGGAAAGAACACCUUUUUGUUUAUUUGGUUAGCCAGCCUAGUCUUCCUUUUUAUCAACUGUUCUAUUCUGAUUCAGAUUAUUUCCCAUUACAAGGAGGAACCCCCGGCAAAAAGAAUCAAAUAUGACUAACAGACCAAAAAAAAAAAAAGGUUUUGGAAUUUUUUUCUGAAUAUUCUGAGCACUCUCGUGAAAAUGUCUUUGUUCCAACAGAAAUUAAAACCCAUAUUUGCCUGGUGCAUAACAGAGACUCAGAAAUUGAAGCUCACCCUUUGGAAAAUCCAGCGACUCAUUUAUCUGGGACAUAAUGUGAAGUAAAGGAUACUUGUUUUAAAAUGCAAAGGCCUGGGCCAGGGAUUUAGCUCA